CGGGGCUUUAGCUGCGUCGGCCGCGUAGCCCGCGCGCCGAGCGGACCCUGCUGCGGCCGUUGGCCGUUAGCGCGGCUUCGGCGGUUGUCUUGGAGAAGCAAGAUGGCGGCGACGGCGGCCGCAGUGGUGGCCGAGGAGGACACGGAGCUGCGGGACCUGUUGGUACAGACGCUGGAGAACAGCGGGGUCCUGAACCGCAUCAAGGCUGAACUCCGAGCAGCUGUGUUUUUAGCACUAGAGGAGCAAGAAAAAGUAGAGAACAAAACUCCUUUAGUCAAUGAGAGCCUGAAAAAGUUUUUAAAUACCAAAGACGGUCGUUUAGUGGCUAGUCUUGUUGCAGAAUUUCUUCAGUUUUUUAACCUUGACUUUACUUUGGCCGUUUUUCAACCUGAAACUAGCACACUGCAAGGUCUUGAAGGUCGAGAGAAUUUAGCUCGAGAUUUAGGUAUAAUUGAAGCAGAAGGUACUGUGGGUGGACCCUUAUUAUUAGAAGUGAUCAGGCGCUGUCAACAGAAAGAAAAAGGGCCGACCACUGGGGAAGGUGCACUAGAUCUAUCUGAUGUACAUUCUCCACCAAAGUCACCAGAGGGAAAAACAAGUGCACAGACAACACCAAGUAAGAUACCAAGGUAUAAAGGACAAGGUAAGAAGAAGACAAGCGGGCAGAAGGCUGGUGACAAGAAGGCAAAUGAUGAGGCCAAUCAGAGUGAUACAAGUGUCUCCUUGUCAGAACCCAAGAGCAAAAGCAGCCUUCAUUUACUGUCCCAUGAAACAAAAAUUGGAUCUUUUCUAAGCAACAGAACUUUAGAUGGCAAAGACAAAGCCGGCCCUUGUCCAGAUGAAGAUGAUAUGGAAGGAGAUUCUUUCUUUGAUGAUCCCAUUCCUAAGCCAGAGAAAACUUAUGGUUUGAGGAAUGAACCUAGGAAGCAAGCAGGAAGCCUGGCCUCGCUCUCGGAUGCACCCCCCUUAAAAAGUGGACUCAGCUCCCUGGCGGGAGCCCCUUCUUUAAAAGACUGUGAGAGCAAAAGGGGAAAUACAGUUUUGAAAGAUCUGAAAUUGAUCAGUGAUAAAAUUGGAUCACUUGGAUUAGGAACUGGAGAAGACGAUGACUAUGUUGAUGAUUUUAACAGUACCAGCCAUCGCUCAGAGAAAAGUGGGAUAAGUAUUGGUGAAGAGAUAGAAGAAGACCUUUCUGUGGAAAUAGAUGACAUCAAUACCAGUGAUAAGCUUGAUGACCUCACACAAGACCUGACUGUAUCCCAGCUCAGUGAUGUUGCGGAUUAUCUGGAAGAUGUUGCAUAGACACGAAGGAAGUAUUCUAAUUAACAAGGACAGAGGACUGACCAGUUCCAUUUUCUUUUUUUCCAGACAAUCACUCAGCUGGAAUGUCUGCUCUCUAUUGGUGCCUUGCAUUUCAAAAACACUGCAGAUAUUUUUUAAAAGUAAUUUUCAUUUUACUAAACAAAAUACUUCCUAUUUGAGCCCAUGUGUGGAAGAUUUAAUAUUCUUAAUUUAGCUGUACAUUUCUUUAUGGAAAUUGAUUAUCUAUACUCAGUUUCAUUACAGGGAAGGAACCCAUGAAAACAUCAGUGUUAAGAGCAUGACGAAAGGUGUCAAUAAAGCCGUAGGAUCGCACAACCCUUUGUGUGUGUGGCUGCUGGUACGUGUGAUCUUUGAAAACCUUGUCUUUAGCCCUCUGGAAUCAGAGCUUACCCACCAUAGUAUGUUUCGAUAUUAGGUGGUUCUACACAUAGUUGGCAAAAUGACUUGGUAAAUUUGUAAUACUGAAGUAUAUUAGUAUAAGUUAAAUUUGAUGUGUCAACUUUAUUUUGUAUUUCCUUCCAUUUGGAAGGUUUGUUAGACCAUUAAGGUUAUAUUAAAGUAUUCUUGUGUGUGCUA